UAAGGCCGUGCGGCCGCCAGAUGAUGCUCCAUACCGCAUCCUGUGGGCAGUGCCGGGACCAGGUGGAACAAGAAAGGCCUGAGGGUCCGAGUGCAGUCCCGGUAGCCCCAGCGCUAGUGAUCUUUGCACCGCCGCCUUCUGCCAACGCCAUGAUCCAGCCCCUGCCCCGGCUCUCUGCGCCCGCGGCGCUGGCCCUGGGAUCAGCCGCUCUGGGCGCCGCCUUCGCUACCGGCCUUUUCCUGGGGAGAUGGUGCCCUCCAUGGCAAUCUCGGCGAGAGAAGCGCCUGCUGCCCCCCGAAGACAGCCCCCUGUGGCAGUAUCUGCUGAGCCGCUCCUUGCGGGAGCAUCCGGCGUUACGGAGCCUGCGGCUGCUGACUCUGGAGCAGCCGCAGGGGGAUUCAAUGAUGACCUGUGAGCAGGCCCAGCUUUUGGCCAACCUGGCGCGACUCAUUAAGGCCAAGAAGGCGCUGGACCUGGGCACUUUCACAGGCUACUCAGCCUUAGCGUUGGCCCUGGCACUGCCCCCCACUGGGCACGUGGUGACCUGUGAGGUGAACCCGGAGCCCCCGGAGCUGGGUCGGCCCCUGUGGCGGCAGGCUGAAGAGGAGCACAAGAUCGACCUUCGGUUGAAGCCUGCCCUGGAUACCCUGGGUCCUGUGGCGAGGAAAAGUGUUGCAACCCCAACCAGGAGAUCUGGAAACCGAGUGCGUGCGAAACCUGAACGAGCGCAUCCUGCGGGAUGCCCGAGUCCACAUCAGCCUCUUGCCCCUGGGCGACGGCCUCACCUUAGCUUUCAAAAUCUAAGACUGGCCCCUAGUGACUGUUUCGAUGGAGAGGGGACCUGGGAACGCCAGCAAUCUCUCCGGAGUUUUAAACCUGUCAAUAAAGUGGGUCCUGGACAAUCUUAUGAGCUUCCAUACAGCACUGAAGUGGGGCAGGGAGGGGAGGCCCGGCACAGGCAACUUCUUGAGCGAAAGUGAGCCUUAAGGUUACAUGUUCAUCUCCUCCCUGGCAGUCUUGAUGGCCACCUGGCACCAGGGCUGUGGCCCAACCCCAGGAGCCACCAGCUGGAGGCAGGAUUUAGUUUUAAUUGGCCUGGCCACAUGCAAUUGGACAGAAAACCCAACUCCGCAGGUUUGCCCCUACUCCAGUCUCUAAGGGCCAGACGCUGGGUAGAGCCCAGCCUGGUCUCCCUCCUGCAUCUCUUCCUAGGAGGCACAAGUGGAUGAAGUUCAGUCUCCGUGCAGCUGGCACUAGUGAGGAAGCCGUAUCUGGGAUCUGACAACCGGCUUUGUAGGGGAGUAAAGUUAUGCCAGUUCAGCGGCCACUUAACCGUGUUUUCUCGUAACUGCCAGCUCAGCCAUUUGACUUCGACACGAGGACCUCAAGGUCCACCUAAGUAUACUUCCUGUCUACCCCCUUAAGUCCUGAAGGUGAGGGGCUGGAUGGCAAGGAGGGACUGGGUGGGAGCACAGGCCAGACGUGUGAAGCAGACCAGCCUGUGAGUAGGAAUUGGUACGGCAAUUUUUAACA